UACUAGUGAUGCUCUCAUGCUGCUUACGGACGUGUUGACGUGGCCGACAAAUCGCCAUUUUGAGGAAGGGAACGCCUUGAAAUCCGUUCAAACAGGGGAAACAAGCAAAUAAUUUCAGAGGAGCAAGUCCAUCCUUCAACCUGAACCAUGGGUAACCUGUUUGCUAACUUGUUCAAAGUUUUUGGCAAAAAGGAGAUGCGAAUUCUCAUGGUUGGUCUUGAUGCUGCUGGCAAAACUACUAUUUUGUACAAGCUCAAACUUGGUGAAAUUGUUACCACUAUUCCAACUAUUGGCUUCAAUGUAGAAACUGUGGAAUACAAGAACAUAAGUUUCACAGUUUGGGAUGUGGGUGGUCAAGAUAAAAUUCGACCGUUGUGGCGCCAUUACUUCCAGAACACACAGGGUCUCAUCUUCGUUGUGGACAGUAAUGAUAGAGAGCGUGUCAACGAGGCCCGUGAGGAACUCAUGAGAAUGUUAGCUGAGGAUGAGCUCAGAGAAGCAGUUUUACUAGUAUUUGCCAACAAACAGGACCUCCCAAAUGCCAUGAACGCUGCAGAGAUCACAGAUAAACUGGGACUGCACUCCUUGCGCCACAGAAACUGGUACAUCCAGGCCACUUGUGCCACCAGCGGUGACGGCCUGUACGAAGGACUAGAUUGGCUUUCCAAUCAGCUGCGGAACCAGAAAUGAUGACCGCAUGUCCCAUCUCUCCGUUGCUCUGUCUCCUCUCCAUCGCUUUUACUCCUCGUGUUGAAAAUCAAGCUACUUUGGGGUUGAAAAACUAAGGGUGGCGGACGCCGCCCUCAUCUCAUGUCUGGUCACAGCAAUAUUUUACUAGUGGGAGGAUAAACGAGUUGUAGCCAUCAGGUCUGUUAUUUAAUGUAAAUAGUCUUGUUUUGGUAUGGGGCUGCCUGAUGCACUCUUAUGCAAUAUGUAACGUACUCAAUAUUUCCUUACGUUGUUAUUUAAUAACCCUUUAACAGGCGUUUGAUGGAACAUGUUUAGGGAGUGAAAAAGGGAGAACAGAAGCAACCUCUAAAGGAAUCAGUCUUCUUAAGCACUCCUGUCUCAGUUAGUUGAUGCCUUUAUGGAUAAAAUCUCCUCCAACACUCGUGUAAAAUUGCACAUGUACUGAAAGGGGGAGCAGUUCUAAUCAUUAAAACUAAAUGCCAGAUGCCAGUGGAUACUGUACAGAUACACUACCUGCUACCUUUCCUCUCCUUCAAUUAAUGACUAUCAUAUACAUUUAAUUAAUUAUGAAACAGCUGUUGAUGCCAUAGUUACACUGUAUCCUAUUGAAAGCCAAUGGUCUGUUAAUGACCCCGCUUCAAACAGGACUUCUAGUCGCAACCUAUCAGUUGUUGAGCUUUAUCUGUCAUUGGAUGCUAUUGAAAGGUGUUUUGGAGUGAUCUAUGCAUUUUACGUGUGGGCUGUCAAGGUUGGGUGUGAUGGCCUUUGCUUUCACCUGCUUUCGUGUAGGAGAACAUCAUUGUGUCUCAGGUUAAUCAUGUUCUGCCUUGUUAACGAACCUGAAUGAGCAAAACUGCAUGGGAGUGAUGGAACGAGUGAGGCUCCGAUUGUUUACAUUUUUGGCCUACUCAGUGCACAUCACCCUUGAUAACUGGUGCCUAAGGCUUAUGGGGGCCCUGUAAGAUUUGUUGGUAAACACGUCACUAUCAUUGAGCAUUGCAAUGAAAUAACUUAUCAUAGAUGUUGUUCAGUGUGAGCUGAGUUCUCCAGGCCUCCAUGGCUCUCCUCAUGCCUUUUCUCAUGUCAAAAUCAGCACAUGGCCCUCCAUUGAAUGUGGCAUGUUUAUAGCAAUAUGAAAUCUAUCGGAUUUAUUCUACAAAUACAGUGCUAGGGUGUACUUGUUAAGCUACUGGCUAUGGUCUCCAAGUCAACUGUUAAAGUGUACUGUUUGAUAGCUUUAGAUACCUAUUGAAUGAAUCACCACCUUACUAUACAAGAUCGUGUGAUACAGAAAACUUGAAGCAACAAAUCUAUUUGUGUUAUUUUGGUUUGCUUUAAAGUGCUUGACUUGGAGUUCAAAACUGUGUUAAUCUUGUAGAUUGAUUAUUAGUGUGAUUCCUUAACAUGAAUGUUUGUUUUAUUUUUUACAUGUCAAUUUUUCUCAGCUUUGAUUUUGACAGAAAAGCACUGUAAUUAAAGCAGUUAGAACAA